CGUCGCUAUGUCUAUCUUCUCUUCGCCGGCUGUCAAGCGUCUUCUUGGUUGGAAGCAAGGUGACGAGGAUAACAAGUGGGCUGAAAAGGCCAUUGAUUCUCUCGUGAAGAAACUCAAGAAGCAAAGGGGUUCCCUGGAAGAACUAGAACGUGCUCUUUCUCAAGCCAAUCCACAGACACGCUGCGUGACAAUAGUCCGCAGUCUCGAUGGUCGCAUGCAAGUGUCUCACAGAAAAGGGCUGCCACAUGUUAUAUACUGUCGUGUCUGGAGAUGGCCUGAUCUACAAAAUCAUCAUGAGCUGAAAGCACUUGAUCAUUGCGAGUUUGCCUUUUCAAGAAAUAAAGGAGACGUGUGCAUUAACCCUUACCAUUACAAGAGAGUUGAAGCACCAGUUUUACCGCCAGUUUUAGUACCACAAAACCCACAACUAGCAGCAAAUUGUGAACCUGCUGUGCCAAGCUGUCUGGAUAAACAGCAUGAUAAAAACUCACCAGAGGCUCCACGUCCAGCUAAUUCUGAAACAGAAGGGCCUUCAUCAUCAGAAGCUACAAGUGCAUCAAGUACGGUCAGUUCUGCUCCUGCUCUAUCUUCAUCUUCAAUCAUAUCUCCAUUACCAGUAGAUCCUGGACCUGUUGCCAUACGAUACCAAGAAGCUCCAAAUUGGUGUAGUAUACUUUACUAUGAGUUGAACAAUCGGGUAGGAGAAGUAUUCAAAGCAUCGUCCAAUGAUGUGGUUGUAGAUGGAUUCACCGACCCCUCUACUACUGGUGAAAGAUUUUGUCUAGGUCAGUUCUCAAGCAUUCGUCGUAGUGGAUUGAUUGAAAACACUCGUCGCCACAUCGGUAAAGGUGUUCACCUUGUGUAUGUCAAUGGUGAGGUUAUUGCAGAUUGCCUCAGUGAAAAUGCUAUCUUUGUACAUAGUCGAAAUAAUAAUUUUUCCAAUGGAUUUCAUCCAACUACAGUGUGUAAAAUUCCUCCUGGCUGUAGCUUAAGAAUAUUCAAUAAUCAAGAUUUUGCCAGCACGUUAGCUGAGUCUGUUACUGAAGGAGUUGAAACAGUUUAUGAACUUACAAAGAUGUGUACGAUAAAGCUAAGCUUUGUCAAAGGAUGGGGUGCUGAGUAUAACAGACAUGAUAUAACUAGUACUCACUGCUGGAUUGAGAUUCAUCUUCAUGGUCCUCUCAUGUGGCUUGACAAGGUCCUAUCACAAAUGGGUAGGCCUGAUGGAAUAUGUGAUUCUGAUUCCUAAUUAAUGACUUUCUCCACAAUUUAUGAACUGCUCUUCAGAGAAAACUGGUUAUUAAUUUAUUUGAAACUUAUUCCUCAAAAUAAUCUUGUAGUACUUUGUUGAAAAAUAAUUUUCAUUAGGACAGUUUUUUUCUCAAUUUGAUUUUAACUCUAACUGUCAGUUGAUAGGUGGCAAUAGAUGCUAUCAUACUCAGUAACAGACUCUCCUUUUAAUGUCACGCUAUCUCUGAAUGUUGUGAUCUCCUCUUCCUCCAGUGGCAUAUUUAUAAAUUAUCUCAUUGAAUAUUGAAUACUCUA